GCCCCCGGGUCCUCGCACCUUUACCCGCCUCUAUAAAAGCGCUUGCCGUGCCGCCGCGCCGUAGUGCCCUUGUUCUCCGCCUUUUCUUUAUUGUGCUGACGCCGCCCCGCUCUCGUCAGCCUCCGGCCCGUAGUCUCCUUGAGACCAAACACCAUGCCUUCAAUUAAGUUGCAGAGUUCCGAUGGAGAGAUAUUUGAGGUUGAUGUGGAAAUUGCCAAACAAUCUGUGACUAUAAAGACCAUGUUAGAAGAUUUGGGAAUGGAUGAUGAAGGAGAUGAUGACCCAGUUCCUCUACCAAAUGUUAAUGCAGCCAUAUUAAAAAAGGUCAUUCAGUGGUGCACCCACCACAAAGAUGACCCUCCUCCUCCUGAGGAUGAUGAAAACAAAGAAAAGCGAACAGAUGAUAUCCCUGUUUGGGACCAAGAAUUCUUAAAAGUUGACCAGGGAACACUUUUUGAACUUAUUCUGGCCGCAAACUAUUUAGACAUCAAGGGUUUGCUUGAUGUUACAUGCAAGACUGUUGCCAAUAUGAUCAAAGGGAAAACUCCUGAGGAGAUUCGCAAGACCUUCAAUAUCAAAAACGACUUUACUGAAGAGGAGGAAGCCCAGGUACGCAAAGAGAACCAGUGGUGUGAAGAGAAGUGAAGCAUUGUGCCUGACACUGUAACACUGUAAGGAUUGUUCCAAAUACUAGUUGCACUGCUCUGUUUAUAAUUGUUAAUAUUAGACAAACAGUAGACAAAUGCAGCAGCAAAUUAAUUGUAUUAGCAGAAUAUUGUCCUCAUUGCAUGUGUAGUUUGAGUACAGAUUCCAAACCUAUGGCUAAGUUCUUCUAGUAUGAUCAAAAAAAUUUCUUUUUUCUUUGCUCUGAAUAAAACUGAACUGUGGGUUCUCUAUAAAAAGUGGCAUUUGGGGCUUUCCCUCUUUUUGUAAAGUAAUUUCUGCCUAGUUUACUGUUCAGUUAACUUCAGUUUAUUGAUCUUUUAAAAGUUGGCAUUGUAAAUAAAAACAACUUGGAAAAAGUUUUCUGAAAUAGAAUUAACAAAGUAUUACCUUUAUUCAUGAGUUGAGAACUAGAAAAAAGUUAUUUAAGGUAAAUGUUCUGAGUGGGAUUAUUAGGAUGGCUUCCAGCUCCCUAGAGUCAAGGAGUAUCACUGGUAUUGCUUAGUCUGUAAAAAGGACUCCCUUAAUUAGAUCUGAGGACUUGUGUUUGUAUUUUUAAUCCUCUCAGUUUUGACUGUGUUGGCUAGAAGUUCAAUUACUAACCAGUUUGUAUUUUCGGGGGAGAAAUGUAACUAGGCAGUUUGUAGUUUUUCAACUGAAAAGGACACUUAACCCAUGUGGUAUGUCAUCGUUUAAUAAACAUUAUUCCCAUGUGGGGAAAACUAUUCACACUACAUGCAUGUAAAAAAUAAUUUAACCUUUAACAUUAAAAUGUGUGGCAAAACCCGGAAAGCAUCCAUCACAAAUGCAAGAUACUUAAAAUAAAAAGUAAGUUACAUA